AUGCCAAGCGAAGGCGCUCACUUCAGCUAUGGAAACCUCCGGAAGAGGCACGGCCACUCCCACAUCACAGCUGAAGCGGCCAUGGGAAUUGGCAUCCUGAUAGCGAUCCUGGGAAUUUUACUGCUCAUUGGUUGCUGGUAUUGUAGAAGACGAAGUGGAUACAGGACCUUGACGGACAAGCACCUCCGUGUUGGUACUCAAAGUACCUUAACAGGAACAUGCCCAUGUGAAGGGCUUGGUCAUCAGGAAAGCAAACUGUCUUUUAAAGAGAAAAAUUGUAAAACUGUGGUUCCCAAUGCUCCACCUGCUUAUGAGAAACUUUCUGCAGAGCAGUCACCACCACCUUAUUCACCUUAA